AUGGAGGGACAACAAAAUACCAGCAAUCGUUUCACAUAUGAUUAUUUUGAAAUCGUACGGCGCCUGCCUCCUUUGUACAAAAUCAAACAAUCUCUUAGACACUUUCAUAAACAAGCCUCUUCAUGGACAAAACAACAAUCGCUGAAUGAACGUUUUGCCGACUACUGGGAUGCAGAACUGCGUAAACUGUCCACUGACAGCACACCCACUAAGGACGUAGUCCCAGGUCGGACAACACAAAUCCCUGACCGACCUGUAACCGACCGAGUUCGCGAAUGUUCACGUGAUAGUGAUUCGAACCAAUCACCAGUCAUUUUAAGUCACGUGCAUCGACGUGUACAACGAUCAAUCGGAUCACAGAUACCGAAACAUUCAAAGGUGAACAAGGAUUUGAGUGCAAUUCUCUCAAGAUUAGAUCAGAAGGCUGCAGAUACAUAUAAAGUAUCGAGUAAAAAUGACUCGUUUGAAUCGAUUGACAAAUUGACCCGAUUACCCCCCGUUUAUCACUUAUCGAAAAUCGAUUCAGAUCUGUCUGAGGAAACUGAUCGAAUGACCUCCAUUUCCCAGAUUGUCUCUCCUCGAACCUGUUUACAACAAGUGUGUGAGGAGGAAACAAAAUGUGACACCCCAAUUAGAACACAUCAAACCAAUCGUCAAUCGUCCUCGUUGGAUUCACUACCCCGAUCUCCACCGGAUUCCACAUGUGUAUCAAAUGCAUGGACUGAAGUGGAUCGAUGGGAGCAAACGUAUCGGAAUAUUUUGCAUCGAUUGCGAGAAACUAGUGGCGUCAAUUUCACACCGGAAUCAACCGAACAAGAUGAGAUCGAUGAGGUAUUAGUGAGACAGGAUCAAGAUUUGUCCGAUGAAAUAAGCAAACCCCUAACGAAAGAAAUACCACAGAUCGAUCGAACAGGGAUCAAAACUCAAACAGCAAUAAAAUCGAGAAAAGAACCUCUGGUCAUUGUUUCGAAAGAUAUUGCGAAAAAGAAGUCAAAUGAAAAUGCAGCACCGGAAUGUUUGUCACCAACUACUAACAAUUUUCCAAAGUUAACAAAACCUGUCAACCAGGAGAAUAGUAACACAGGAUUUACGGCAAUGCGCGAGCGUAGACAAUCGUUGUUCGCGUUGCAUCAGAUGCGAAUGGCUGCCCAGAAACGAUUAGAAGAUGAAUGGGAAAGUGCAAUUAAUCAAGCCAGUGCAGCUAAAAAACUCAAAGUGAUUUUUAUCGCCGUUAAAUUUGCAGAUAUACUACUCCAAGAAUUGCACAAAUAUCGCGGUCUCCACUUUGCCCAAUCCCUGAGCAGACACAAAUCACUGGAAUUAUUUAUCCGUCAUUUGCUCACGCGAGAAUCGAUUCCCAUUACAUGCCCCCUACUGCAAAGUGCUCUUGUUUGUUAUCCGCUACUCGGGACCGCCGGUCGUACUGGGUUGGAUCAGCCGUUGGUUAUUGGGAACCAGUUGCUCAGUUCUCAAUUGAUACCGUCAUAUAUGGCCCAUUUGGUAAUUGGGGAAACACAAUCCAUGCCUCAAACUGGAAGACCUAGCACAGAACCGAACGGGGUGAAGCAAUUGACUUUGCCCGGGACAAAAAAAGGAUUGGGGAAUCGAAAUUUGUCACCCAUUGAUGGUUUUACAGAUGCUUUUUUGCUUGACCGGAGAAAUUUGAAGUUCAAUUUGACAAAACCGUCCGCUCUAAUCCCCACCGGAGUGGAACCAUUGACUGUGCGAAUUGCACAGCUCAGACCGUAUGUCAUGCGCACCAUACAAACAGUGACAGAAAAUGUUGUGGCCAAAUAUGAUUUCAAAAGUUUACACUCGGUAAAUUCGCAUUGUUAUUAUAAUAUAUGUAUCAUUUUUCCCAUCAACGGUUUAGUCGAUUUAUCUGCACAAAAUCAACUAGACAUGUGA